AUGGACACCUUAUUGACUGCCGAGAUUGCGGCCAACGCGCCCAGAUACCGCCGAAAGAGCUCUACCUUCAUCGACGGCAUCCAUGACGUGACGGAAAGUGAGAACCUGGCCCCGGCACAGCUGUAUAGUACCAUGUCUGGCCGGCUAUUCCACUCUGGCCGCAUAGCCAUCGUCAUGGUAGGCCCGCCAGCUCGAGGCAAGACUCACAUUUGCGUUUCAAUGGCCCGGUAUCUGCAAUGGCUCGGUGUCAAGACUCGCAUAUUCCAUCUCGGAGACUACCGUCGGGCCACCAUCGGUCCAGAGGGCAAUGUGCCAGAGGACUACUUCUUCCCCGACGCGUCUCCUUCGUCUGUCAUCCUGCGUCAAAAAAUCCUCAAGAAAUGCCGCGAAGAUAUCUAUGCGUGGUUGAACCACGAGAACGGCCAAGUAGCCAUCUACGAUGCCGUGAACCCCACGGCCAGCGGCCGCCGCGCUUUGGCAAAGGAAUUAGCCAAGCACGAUGUGCAGACGCUCUUCAUCGAAUCGUACGUGGACGACGAGCGUAUCCUUCGCGAAAACGCCCGCAACGUCAAAAUCUCGUCGCCAGAUUUUGCCGGGAUGGAUCCCGACGAAGCGGCUAAACUGUAUCUGAAGCGCAUCGAAAUGAGAAUUCCCGUGUUUGAAACCAUGGACGAAGCCGAACUCAACUACAUCAAAAUGAUCAACGCUGGUGCAAAAUUCUUCUACAACAACGUCAGCUUCAACUACCUCUCUCACAGGAUUGUCUUCUACCUCACCAACCUUCACAUCAAAUCACGCACCACUUUUUUCGUCCGCGCCGGCACAACCGAAGAAGAGGACUCCUACAAGGCUGACGCGCCCCUGUCGGAACUGGGAGAGGCCUAUGCGGAGAAAAUGUCCGAGGCUCUGCUGAAGCAUCGGCAGCAAGAGCACGCAGAGCAGGUGGAAAAAAGCGAGGGACAACAGGCGCCGCUACGACCACUCACGGUGUGGACAUCAACCAGGAUACGGACUGUUCAGACGGCAGGCUACCUAAAGGAGAAAGGGUACAAGGUUCGACAGCGCUCGCAGAUGAGUCAGAUCAACCCUGGCGUCUGUGAAAAUAUGCCCGAGAGGAUGAUUCAAAAGGUCUAUCCCGAGGAAGCCGAGAAGCAUGACUUGGAUCCCUACCACCACAGAUACCCACGAGCCGAGUCCUACCACGAUCUAGCUGUACGGCUUGAACCCAUCAUCCUUGAGCUUGAGCGCGAGCAAAACGAUCUGCUCAUCAUUGCGCACGAAUCCGUCCUCCGUGUUCUCUACGCCUAUCUCAUGCACUGCUCGACCAUGGAGAUUCCCAAUCUCAAGUUUCCUCGCGAUGAGAUCAUCGAGAUUAUCCCCGCGGCCUACCAAAACGAAGCCAAGCGCAUCCACAUUCCCGGUCUGGAUGCCGAGCUGUUGGUCGGAUCUCCGCACGUGCCGCUGUCUUCCAUGCAGAGCACCAACAUGCCCGGCGGUGCGGGAGGCAGCGUCGCUGGAAGUGGUCAGAUGAGUCCUAUACCUGGCGGUUUGAGCAGUCCGGCCAUGCCCGUAGAGCGACCCCCGGAGAGAGUGAUUAACACGGCAAAGGACAUGGUGGCGGACAAGGUAGACGAUGAGGAUUAG